CCGGAGAUAUGGACGAGUCCUUCUCGUCGAUAUGAGAAGUUUCAUCAGGACGGAGAAGAUGGGAAUGGUGGGCGAAGGGAUGAUGAGCAGUGAAGGAGAUUGAAGACAGAGGUGAGGCGGGCUUGGGCCAUUGGGCCUGGGCUGAAGCUGAAGCGGGACGGCCGCUGAGGACGAGACUCAGUCGGGCGCUGAUCCUCGCUCUGUGCAGUGCGUCACUUCCUCUCGCUCGCUCCCGUGUUCCAUUCACUUCACUUCCUCUCCUCUAUCGAAUGCAUAUACGUACUCGAUAUCGGUCAUGUGCCUCCUAUCCAGUGUUUCCUAGUCGACUCGUCUUCUCCUAAGUCGUGAAGUCCGUUUUUGCAAACAAACAAUACGAGUUGCGAGAUGCUGCUUUGGAUUUCUGUUUUGGUUCCUUUUAUCGGGAUUUGCGUUGGGAAGCUCUCCACAUCCCAGGAGAAAAAGGAUGGACCUGUUUGGCGAGAUACGAUGGUGGCAAUCAAGGGAGACAUGGUUCGACUUCCUUGCGACCUCACAACCCCGCAACCAGACGAUCGAGUGCAACUCGUCCUCUGGUACCGAGAAGACACAGGAUCUCCCAUUUACAGUUUCGACGUGAGAGGACGAAACUUCGACGAUGCGAAGCCUUGGGCCGACGACGUAUUUUUAGGUGGAAGAGCCUCUCUGGAUCCGACAGAUGCCUUUCCUUUAGCCAUUAGAGCUAUCCGUUCCAAGGAUGAAGGCAUUUAUCGGUGCCGUGUCGACUUCAAAAUGUCUCCCACCAGGAAUUCGCUCGUCAAUCUCACUGUGAUAGUCCCGCCUAAAACUCCCAAGAUCUUCGACAAGUCUGGCCUGGAAGUAGAAAAUGUCCUCGGCCCCUACUCCGAAGGUGACAACCUCACCCUCACCUGCAAAUCCACCGAAGGGAGACCACCGCCUCGACUGACAUGGUGGCACGAGAAUGCUCUGUUGGAUGCCACUUACACGACGACCCCCGACGGGGAGGUUCGCAACGUCCUAGAGAUCCCCAAUCUGAAACGGGAGAAUCUCCGGUCCUCAUUCAGUUGUCAGGCUGCCAACAACAACGUCACCGUCCCCGUCUCCAAUACUGUCAGCCUCGAUAUGAAUUUUCGCCCCUACGAAGUGCGGAUCCUGGGAAGCAGGCAGCCGUUGUCGGCGGGUAAGAUGUACGAGAUAGCGUGUCGAAGCCUGGGGUCUCGUCCUCCGGCCAGAAUCACCUGGUGGAGGGGUGCCGAACAACUUGCCUCUGCCAGGGAAACGCACUCGGCAGACGGGAAUAUUACGGCAAGCACAUUGGAAUUCACCGCUUCUGUGCAAGACAUCAACAAGCACUUGGUGUGCCGAGCCGAGAAUCCGGAAAUUCCGGAUUCUACCAUCGAGGAUCAUUGGGAACUGGAAAUCUAUUAUGUACCCAGGGCGAAAUUGUCGUUGGGGAAAAGUCUGAAUCCGAAAGCCAUCAAAGAAGGAGAUGACGUUUAUUUCGAAUGUCAUGUCAGCGCCAGUCCAGCUGUCUACAAGAUCUCCUGGCAACAUGACGGGAAGCCUCUGUCCCAUAAUGUGAGCGAGGGGAUAAUCCUCAGCAAUCAGAGCCUGGUGCUUCAACGGGUGAAGAAGGCACAAGCAGGUCGAUAUACCUGUUUGGCAAGUAAUCUUGAAGGUGUGGGAACGAGCAACGCCGUCAUCCUCAACGUUCGAUUCUCUCCGAUUUGUGCUACUGGACAGAAGUUAGUGUACGGGGCAGGACGGCGAGAAGAGAUCGAAAUCCGGUGUUCCGUGGAGUCCAUUCCAGGUGCGACAGCUUACAGAUGGAGUUUCAACAAUUCUCAAGAGAUUGUGGACAUUGCCCAGUCUCUGUUCACCAAGAGCCCAGAGGAGAGCAUUCUUCGUUACACCCCAAUGACGGAGAAGGACUAUGGGACGGUAUUAUGCUGGGCGCUUAAUCUUAUUGGGAACCAAGCAGUACCAUGUGCAUUCCACGUGGUCCCAGCGGGGGCUCCGGAUCCCCCGAUUAACUGCUCCAUUACCAACCACACAUCGACAUCCAUGGACGUGGACUGCGUAGAAGGCUUUGACGGGGGUCUGGUGCAAAGUUUCGCGCUGGAGGUCUAUGAUGCCACUUCGCCUCACACACUUCUCACCAAUCUUACGAGGAACAGCCCGUCAUUCUCGUUGGAGGACUUGGUUCCUGGCAGCCACGUCAUUCUCUCUCUCUACUCGACUAAUGCAAAGGGAAGAAGCGGAAACGUCGUUCUCCAGGGUCAUACUUUGAGGCUCCCAGAACGAAUCCUGGAUUCCAACACAGCCCAGCCUUCGUCCAGUAUCGGUCCAUUCCGAAUCACACCGAUUCUAGGAGUGUUGAUCGGAGUCGUGGCAGCGCUGGUGAUGGCAGCCCUGAUCAUCGUCGUCGUCAUGAGAUUCCGAGAUGCCAAACCCAGGAAACAGAAGCAUAAGUCCUCUGGCGGCAGUGUGGGGGAUCAAGGUUGUCCUAGUGCUUCCAUCCCUCUCAAGACUGACGUCGAAGAAGACUGCUAUGGUGUCGACAAAUAUUCGGAUCUUCCUCUUCAGCCUCAAGAGCUGGAUUACCCGGACGUUUGCAGCGACAAAGAACACCUGAAGCUGAACAACGUGAUCCCUUAUUACGAGCACGAGAGGGAUCCCUCAUCUAAUAGCAGCUAUCAAUCAAAAUUCAACACAUUGCCAAAGCAGAACGGGGACGUGACGUACGCAGAGUUGGACAUCUCCGGAACGAGUUCAAGAAGAGGAAUUGGAGGAGGGGGGCAUGGGCCGACCGUCUAUGCGACGAUAGACCAUGGUUGCCAUGGCCACGGUCGCCCUCGAACCCGAGCCCUGGGUGUGAGCACCUCCCCGUCACCCCCAGCCCCACAACACACCCAGCUCACACCCUUGAUGAGAAGCAACAGGGAAAGCUCGAGACCGCACGCGUCAAAUCGUUUCUCCUUGACCCAGGCGGCAUCUCUUCAUUCGCUUUUUUUGUACACGGAGUUCCUGUCCGCUCCCUGCGUCUCGAACAUUCCGGCAGGUGUUCCCGAUCGUCAUCGGGCCGAGGGCUUGUCGGACGUAUUGUACAGCACAAGCGAGCGAGGGGAAGCUGGAAGAUCAGAGGGAUUCCUGGGAUUCCGAAGCGAGCAAGAAUGCAACUUGCAGCUCCGCCUACCUGUUUUGGACCAGGCGACAGUGGCCUCAAAACGAGAAUCGGGUUGGGAGGUUCGGGUGGCAGAUGUCUCGGCAGGGAACCUGGCAUUGGUAUUCCCUGAUCUUCCAGGCAGAUAA